AUGUCCAAGGACAAGUUUUUUUCCCUAAGAUUUUUAGAAGAGAAAUAAAAUAAAGUAAAACAAAAAACAAAAAAAUAUGAUCAUUAUUGUUUACACCUUGAGGUAAAUUACAUGUACAGUAGUCUCAUUUCACCCAUUCAACGAACACACAAAAGUCUCAAGAUAAAAGGGUAAAUAUGUAAGUGUUUGGUUACAUAAUCGACGGUUCAUUCGGUUUUAUCUCCUUCCUGGGUAUCAGCUAGCUUUGUUCUACUCUUGCAUUUCUAACAUCACUGUCAAGCUUUUCUCUCUGGUGAAAUGGUUCUGAGUUUCAAAUUCAGAGGUUCCAUGGCUCCGGUGUUCACACCGUUCACCCAGAGCCUUGAAAUCAACUUUGAUAUAAUUGAACCUUAUGCCAAGUUUCUUCACGAUGCAGGGGUUAAAGGGAUUUUAGUGUAAUCGAAUCCUCUGCAGUUGGUGGAACGACAGGAGAAGGCGUAUCCAUGACACUGGUGGAAAGGAAGACAGUGGCCGAAGUUUGGUUGAACACUUGCAAAAGGCUAGGGCAGACCGUUAUGGUCCAGGUCGGAGGGGCUUCUCUUGUUGAAGUCGUUGCACUUGCAAAACAUGCGGAGGAAAUGAAAGCCGAUGCAAUACUCUGCCUCCCUGAACUGUUUUUCAGGCCAAAGACGAUCACUGAUUUAAUCCAGUAUCUUUAUUAUGUAUCAAAAGGGGCUCCGAACACACCACUUUUAUAUUAUCAUAUCCCAUCUUUUACCGGAGUAAACUUGGACAUGGCGCAAUUUCUGGAGAAAGGAAGGGACACAAUUCCCACCUUGGCUGGUAUAAAAUUCACAGACACUGAUUUGGAAGAAGGAGCUCGCUGCAUUAAAGAAGCGGGCAAUGACAUGGUGGUCUUCCUCGGUGCCGAUCAACUUAUUAGUGCAGCUUCAGUGUUAGGAUUUGACUCUCUGAUAGCGACAACACUAAACCUUUGGCCAUACAUGCACGAUCAGAUUCUCAACAAUGCCAAACUUGACAGAUUCAGAGAAAUGAGCGAGAUGCAGUAUAGACUAUCCGAAUGGGUUCAGAUAAUAACGAAACAAGGUUCUUGGGUACCGGCGAUGAAAAUGGCCAUGAAGGUUAUAACCGGCUUGGACAUGGGACCGGUCCGGCCGCCUCUAAUUUCUCUAGAAUCGAACCAAGUCCAGGAGAUGAUCAACGAAUUAGAAACAGUUUGCAAAAAGGCAUGCAACCUAUGCGUUUAUCAAGAGUCGAAAUAUUUGCGCCCUCCAAGAAGCCGGAUAUAGCUUCUAAAAUCUUACAACAUAAAAAAAUAUAACAUUAAUGACAAUCUUAUUUUCAGAAUGUUUCUGGACCACUAUAAUUAAUCACAAUAAACCAAUUAUGGAUUUUUUAAAAUAAACAAGGACAUCCAGAAACAGCACAAGACUGUUGUCAACAUAGCUAUACAAUAAAGCAAUAUUACAUAAAUCAUUAA